AUGUUGUUGCAGGGAAUCAUCAAGGUUGUUCGUGAGGAAUUUGGUAUUCUUGAAGGUUUAAUGACAACUGUUCAUGCAACUACAGCAACACAGAAGACUGUUGAUGGCCCAUCAAUGAAGGAUUGGAGAGGAGGUCGUGGAGCUGGACAAAAUAUCAUUCCUAGUUCUAUUGGUGCUGCAAAGGCUGUUGGAAAGGUUCUCCCAGAACUGAAUGGAAAACUUACUGGAUUGGCCUUCCGUGUUCCAACUUCUAAUGUCUCAGUGGUGGACCUAACUUGUCGACUUGAGAAGAGUGCUUCCUAUGAAGAUGUCAAGGCAGCCAUAAAGUAUGCAUCAGAGGGACCACUUAAAGGCAUUCUUGGGUACACAGAUGAAGACGUUGUCUCCAAUGAUUUUGUUGGUGACACAAGAUGUGACAAGCGAAGUAGAAAAUGAUACUUAAUUUUGAAGGCUUUGUGUUGGGCAGCUGUAGAAUAUUUUGUGUUGAAAGUAGUAACUUUUCACUAUGUUGAAUAUUUAAGACUCCUUGAAUACUUAAAGAACAUUUUUGUUGUAGAUGACAAUGUUGAAUGUUUUAAACUAAUUUGUGGAUUGUUAAUACAAUGUUGAAUGUUUUUAA